AUGAUCGAUGAUGUCUUUUCAGGACUCAGCAGCAACAGGAAGAGAUUCCAAGCUGCAAUCGAGUCAGAUCCACAGUCAGUGAUGUUACUGACAGCUACCCCUGCCUGGGACCAGCCGCCGGAGCUGCACCGAGUGUCUCCACAAACUGUGGCUCUGUUAUCCCCACUGCCAGCUCCAAUGUGUAGGCAGUGCCCUCCCCACGGGCAGGCAGUGGCUGAUGUUCCUCAGAGGCCACCGUUGCCCCGAGAGGUGGAUUAUGCUCUGUUUAACAACUCUGAAUACAGUGAGCCUGCUGCAGGACCUCAUACAUCCCAGAGAGAACAGAAACAGAAACACGGAGAGAGUAAUGCUGACAUUCAACAUGAUCCAGCCUCUAAUGGAAACUACAAGGGACAACGUACACCAACUGUUGGCCCAAACAGGAAAGGGAAGAUGAGUGCGGAGGAGCAGAUGGAGAGAAUGAAGAGACACCAGGAAGCACAUCUCCAGGAGCGGCGCAGUACUGGUGCUCUGUCCCAACGGCGUGUGGCUGUGUCCCCUGUAAUGAGAGGAGCCUCUCCAAGGACAUCGAAACCGAACUCAGUGAGCCUCCUGGCCAAUAGAGCAGUGACUGCUGAUAUGGUGGCCUCUCGAACCAGACCUGGAAACACCUCAAAUAGUCUGAUCAAAGCAACAACUGCAUCAGAGACACCUGAAACUACAAAUGUGACCACAUCAAGUAAAUUGAUAACGACAUUAUCUUCACCAAGAACGACAGCUGAAAGCCAGACCCAAAAAAAUAAUCGCAUUGUCAGAAAAGAGUGUAAACCCAGUACAGUGGUCAUCACCUCCCGAUAUAUUGAUGCGAAUCCUGAGAUUCCCCUUAGCCCAGAGCAACUGCAGGAGAAGGAAAGAACGUUGCAGAAAAUCAAGACCAUGAUCGCAAAGACCAGUCCUAGUGUAGCUGGGAACUGGGCCCCUGCAGAUCGAGCCAUGCAACUGGGAGAGAGAGAGAGGGAUCGGAUUAUUAAUCUCUCAUACAGUCUCGCCACUGAAGCAUCACAGCACAGCAAAGCCCUGGCAG